AGUGAUUGUAAAGAGAAGAAAGAAGAACUAUUCGUGUUCGGCUAUUCGUGCAAACUUUUCAGGGACGAUGUUAAAGCCCUGCAGAUUGACCAAGGCAAACACCUCAUUCCGUGGAUGGGGGAUGAAACGUUGAAAAUCGACAGGUUCGAUCCGUUUUUUACUAUAAGACUGCUAACUGUGGCGCUAAAAAAGUUUUAAAAUAUAGUAAAUAAUGAGAAAAUGUUAAUUUUUUGGAAGAUGCUACUAAGUAUUUCGCAGAGCUGAGUGUCGGCGCUAACGCGAGGGGCUGAGCACGGUGGGCGCGCGGCCUCCGCCUCGCGUUUUGUUAUGGUGACUGCCUGCGGUGGUACGAUGCAAGGGGCGCCCUGCAUGAUCUCUCAGCCCUGGAGGCCCCGCCCGGGGGCUUUGACUGGAGGGUGGAGCUCACCAGGACAGAGCUGGAUGUGGAGCAGCUCUGUGACGAGGAAAGGUACCGGGCCCUUCACACCGAUGAGGAUGAAGAAGAGAUGUACAAAGAGGAAGAACUGAAGCGUCUCCAUGCAGCUGGCUACGGCCAGGUUGGAUUCAACUAUGAUGCUCCUGCCGAGUCCACUCCAGAAAUUCCAUUAGAAAUUGAAGAAGCCUUUGAACCUAGUCAAGCUCUCAAAGACCUCUUGCCUACUAACACUGUUUUUGCUGACACCCAAAAGCAGAAUGCAAUAAUAGAGAAAACUGCCAACUUCAUCGCCCACCAAGGCACUCAGAUGGAGAUCCUCAUCAAGGCCAAACAACGGGACAACCCACAGUUCAAGUUCCUCAAUAAAGACAGUCCCUUACAUGCAUACUAUAAUGCGCUAACUGCGCUGGUGAAGGCUGGGAAGUGGCCAGAGAAAACUGUUGAACUUAUAGAAGAAAAACAGCAUGACUUGAAUGAAGAAUAUCUGCAUCCAAGUUUAGCAGCCACAGUCAUUGAAUCUGCUCCCUCGAUCCCAAGCAUCCACUACAAGCCAUCAGCAGACUGUGACUACACACUACUGAUAUCCAGAAUGCGAGGCGAAGCCACCCUGGACGAGGCCUAUAUCACCGAGCUGGCUCCAGGGGAAGUGGCCCCUCCCGGAACUGAGCCCCUACCUCCUCGCGCCAACGCCGAGAUCUCCAGGGCUCCUGUUAUGUACAAUAACAAUGACCACGCCAUUCAGCCAGUAGUGCAACAGCAAUACACGGCACUGUACCAACAGUACAUGUCGCAAAUGCCAACACCAGUCAUCACACCAGCCAGCACGCCUCCCCCGCAGAUUGACAAGAAACCCACGGCCACCAAGUCCACCGGCCUCAGCCUCAUGAAGAACUAUAAUACUGACAGCGACAGUGACGUAUCAGAUUUUGACGACAGUUCAUCGUCAGACAGCAAGGACAACAUAAUGAUAGCACCACCGGAAGACGUCAAAACAGUCAUCGACAAAAUGGCGGCCUAUGUUGCACGGAAUGGAGACGAGUUCGAAGAGAUAGUUCGAUCUAAAAACGAUCCACGCUUUACGUUCUUGGAGCCUGAUAACUUAUAUCACCCUUUUUAUAAAAGGCUGAUGCAAGAGAAAAGGGGGGUGGAUGUUAAUGGGAAGGGCAAGGAGACGCCUAAACAGGAUAAAACCCCCACAGUAUCAUUCUCCAUAAAGAAACUCAAAGAACCAGAUCCGAUCCUACCCAAACCAGCACUACCCUACGAAUCAAGUUCUGAAGAUGAAGAAGCAAAGCAAUCAGAAACCAACGAGGAAGCUAAGGAACAGCUGAAGACCAACAUACCACAGAUAGCAGCAACUAAUAACAUACCACCUGUGUUGGUGUACAAGAUGGAGGCGGGACAGAUAAACAAUCUGCCAGUUGUCAAAACCAUAGAGCAGAGAGUGAGUAGUAAGACCGCUCGGGCCAUCACUAUACCGGAACAGGUAAAAGAACCAAUAAAAGAACAGACAAAAACAGAAGAAAGCACAGAAAGAGUAGAAGAAAAACAGAACAGAACAGAAAAAUCACCAGAGAAAAGAGAAGAGAAGAUCAGAGAUAGGGAAAAGAAGAGUCCCAGUAAAAGGAAACAUCAUGAGAGGAAAAAGGAGUAUCGAUCGAAAGAGCACAGAGAAAGGAGAUCUGAUAGAAGGAGUGCGGAUAGAGAAAAGGAAAGGGAGCGGAAAAGAGACCGGGAGAGUGAUAAAAAGAGAAGGAAAUUUAAAGAUGAGUUGGAGAGUGAGAUUAUAUCGUUAGAGGAUAAUUCUGAUGAAAUGAUUGAUUUGACUGGAGACCAAUCAGAUUCUAAAGGCGAGGGUGAGACGGAGGCGGAUAAGACGAAACAGCAGGAGAGGAGGCGGCGCGCGGCCGAGUUUCUGAAAAAAGUGGGCGUGGACCCCGCCGCCGCCGCGCUGCCCAACACCUCGCUUGCUAGCGCCAUGGUUGACACAUUAGAAUCACUCCGAAAAAAGAAGAAUGAACAGGAGGAAAAGAGAAGGCGACAUGAGAAGCGAAGACGCAAAGAAAAGAGAGAAUAUGAAGGUGAAUUUGACAAACACAGGAAAAGCAAACGGAGAAAGAACAGAUCAUCUGAAGACGAGGAUUCAGACUAUGAAAGUUCAAAAAGGAAGAAGCGGAAGAAAGACAAGAAACCGUCGAAGAACAAAAAGAAAAGGAGACGAGAAAUUGAGUUAGAGGAAGAUCCACCGCCACAGAUCAACAUAGACCUAACCAACACAUUGAAAGAGCUCAGAACCAUAUCUCCCACUAAAGAGCUGGGCUUGCACAAUAUUGAAGAUCCUCCCACUUUUCCACAAAAGGAUUCGUCAAGUGAAGAAGAGAUGGAGAAAAGGAAAAAGAAAAGGGAUAGAGAGUACAGCGAGGGAGAGUGGUCUAGCGAUAGUGAUCAAGAUUCUGUAUCUAGUGCGGAUAAAGAAUAAAUUUUAACAAAGAAAAAAGUGAAAAGGUUUCUUUAAAAGGGGAAUGUUCUUAGCGUAACAGCUGUUCUGCUACGCAAAUUGAUUGAAAAAAAAUCAAUAGGGUAUUUUACUGUCUUGAAAUAUGUCUUAAUUUGAUCCUAAGGUGAUAAUAAACUAGUACCAAAAAAGUGCAAUGAAAAUGCAUUUAAAUUUUGUGUAUAAAAUUUCCCCGCGAAAACGCUAGCUGCCAUUUUUAUAAGGUUCACGAACUGUCAUUACGUCACACAGAUUGGUUUACAACGGAAUUUUCUUAGUGAAAUACAAUAUUAUUGUGAUGUGACUAUGAGAACUCAAAGUAGGAAUUCAGGCGACUACAUUUCGUGCGUUUCGAGUAUUUGUAAAACAUAAAAAAAUGUUUUUUUUUUUUUUUUAAAGAAUAUUAGCCAUGUUAAAUAACUAAUAUUCCCCUUUCCUCUCCAACUAAGCGUCAGGCUUGUGCUAGGAGUAGGUACGACAAUAGUGCAACGGGCGGGGUUUGAACCGUCGACCUUUCGGUUUUCAGUCCACUCCUUUACCGAUUGAGCUAUUGAGGCUCUAAAAUUAUAAAAUUCAUUAUAUAAUCUUAUAAAGUGUAAUUAAAAUUUUUCGAUUGUUUAUGGACUAUGUUUGGAACAAAAAGAGUAGUAGCACUACGAUCACACCUGAUGGAAAGUGACGAUGUGGCCUAAGAUGGAACGCGUUUACCUAGGAGAUGCCUAUUCACUCUUGUUUUAAAGAUACCCUCUUGUUUUUAAUUGGUGGAAAAUGAAUGUAUGCUAUUUUGAUUCAAUUUUUUAGAAGCUAGAUAUGCAUAAAAUAAAUUUUAAUUAUGUACAUUGUAUAAAAGACAUUUCAUUUAAAAGCAUUUGAAUUAAUUAAUUAUAAUUAGUAAGAUGCUUUUGCAGGUUUGUUUCAUUAAAAAUAAUAUGAAUUCAGAAUUUGUGUUACAUUAGUUAUGUAGUAUGAUUUUUUAAAUAUAUACAAUAAAAUUUUAUUAUACACGUAGGUACUUAUACAAAAAAGAAUAUUGUCAUGGUACAAAAUAUUUUCUUUUUUUUCAUUGUAAGAACUAUUCCUCAAAAGUAAUACUUAAGUAUCAAAAUAAUAUAAAUAAGAAAGAUUAGUUUUAUUUUACUGUAGAACGAAAUAUCAUGCCUUAUCACAUACAGUUGUAGAUAAUGUAAUAAAUAUACCUACUUUUAA